AUGCUUUACUAUGGAACUCUCUCUCAAGUAGCUAACAUUCAAUCUAGACGAAUUCCCGGUCGUGCUACACCUGAGGGCGGCGGUCUUUCUGACGACCCUACGGAUCCGAGCGGCCUGUGGAGAAUGCCGAAUGUACCUGAGCUCACACGCUGGAUUGUUAACUACUGUGACGGAAUCGGUGCACGUGAGUAUCGGACUGGCCAGGGUAUGAUGGUUUUUAACCUUGUUGGCACUGAGCAAAAUUCCCUAGUCUCUCCUGAAUCUGAUAUAGUAUCCGCGAUUCUUGCGCUCUAUCACCGUUCCGAAGGUACUACUGAUACCGUGAGUCAUAUCUUUGUCCACCAUAUAGUGGCCUCAGAGGCGCAACGUCUUCAGAUUUAA